GUGGUGCGUAUGUGUGUGCUGCGGCACCGUUGCUGUCACCGUUGCCGUUGAACUUGGUUUAGCUUUGGCUUCGUUGGGCUUGAUUCGCCUCAAAGCGUCGAGACGCGACGCGAAGCGACUUAGCGUGUGUGCGCGCGCGACUUCAUCAACUCGAAACGCAAAAUUCAAAUUUCAGUCGCUGCGCUCAAGUCGCCGCCGCUGGUUCGUUACUUUCGAAAUACGCUGCCGAAUGUGAAGAAGUAGUGAGAUUGAAUUUUCAAAAAGUUGCAAAAAAACAAAAGUAAUUCCAAAAAAAAAAGUUGGCAUAAGUAAACAUUAACAAACGAAAAAAAAUAAGGCAAACUAGUAGCACAGUGUGGUGCGCAGUGGUAACGAACGUUAGGUGAGAGCACCAACGACAAAUUUCUAAAAUAUCCAAAUAAGCGAAAAGUCGAAUAACAUGCGUAUAAGUGGCAAAGUAACUGUAGUAAAUGAAAGCAAUCAAAGUAAAGGCGAAUAAAUUGUCUGCGAAUUGAAGAAACAUGUUUUAGUACAAUAAAAUUAACAAAAAAAAUAAAAUAUGAACAGUUUUCUACAACUAUGAAAACUAGAGAUCACAAUUAUUGCGGUAAAUUUACAACAAAAAAAAACAAUAAACUUUUAUUUGCCGCUUAAGGACAAUUAUUACACAAACAUUUGCAUUUACAGUUACGAUUAAACACCGCUAAUAACAUAAGACUACUAAAUCCGUGCAACUAUUUAAUUUUGAGUGCAAACAUUUUGCCAGUUUUUCGCCAGCGUUGCCGUGUUUGCGAAUUGUGUGAGUUUCCUGCUGUCCACCAUAAAAGCUAACCCCUAUCAAAAUGGGUCACAGUGCGGCCGACACAACCACCGCCAAUCCGGCGGCUACGAGUAUGGCCAUUGCCACUAUAACGCCUAUCACAGCGAAACGCGUAGAAGCCAGUGAAAAGCCGCCGCAGAAACCGAAUCUAACUUGGCGUGAGAAACUACAAAAGGUCAUCAAUAAUAUCACCGUAGAGCCGAUCCUAGCCGCAUACAUUAUGCCCAGUGUGCUCUCAGGUUUGGCGACGCAAAAUUUGAAUUUGGAAAAGGCGUGCCGCGUAAACAUGGACUAUGGCGAGGUGGUUUGUGAUGCGCUCACACGAAGAGAUACGGCCAAUUAUACGCUCGAGGAGGAGACCGUGCAACAGAUGGUCGCACGCAUGGCCGCCUGGAAAACUGUGAUACAAUCGAUAUUUCCCUGUCUGCUCAUUCUGUUUUGGGGCUCGUGGAGCGAUCGGCAUCAUCGGCGAAAACCUUGUAUUCUCAUACCAAUUAUUGGCGAAUUUCUUGGCACUGUAGGUCUCAUACUUUGUGUUUAUUUCGAACGUACGCCGAUGGAGGUGGCUGCUUUGACGGAAGCCAUAUUUCCAUCGCUGAGUGGCGGUUGGUUUACAAUGCUAAUGGGUGUCUUUAGUUAUAUAGCAGAUAUUACUACGGAAGAGGAGCGUACGCUACGUAUUGGCAUAUUGAAUGUAUGCUUCUCGGUGGGCGUACCAAUCGGUAUGGCGUUCAGUGGAGUGUUGCUGAAACAAAUUGGUUUCUAUGGUGUUUUCUCUAUCUCAGCAAGUCUCUAUUUGUUCUCGUUCCUAUAUGGUUUAUUCUUCUUGGCUGAACCACGUGCCAAACCAGAGAAGAGCGUGCCGAAGGGAGAGCGAAAGAGUUUAUUAGCCGAUUUCUUCGAUAAGGAUCAUGUGGUUGAGACCUUCCGGGUGGCUUUUAAGCGAGGCGAAAACCAGCGUCGUCAGCGUGUUAUUAUGUUAAUGGUUGUUGUGAUGGUAGUGAUUGGACCAAUGCAUGGUGAAAUGGCUGUGACAUAUCUUUUUACACGUUUCCGUUUCAACUGGAGUGAGGUGGAGUUCAGCGUAUUUUCUACCUAUGCGAUGAUUACGGGACUAAUUGGCGUACUUUUCUGUGUCGGCAUUCUUUCGCACAAAUUGAAGAUCGAUGAUGCGUUGGUCGGCGUCAUUUCGAGUAUGUCAAAAAUUCUAUCGGGUUUCGUCUAUGCUUUUGCUACCGUGCCCUGGCAUAUGUAUGUUGGUGCGAUUGUGGAGAUAUUUAACGGUACUGCCUUCAUAGCUAUGCGUUCGAUUGCCACCAAGCUGGUGUGCAAAGACGAAUUGGGCAAAGUGAACUCGUUGUUCGGCGUUGCCGAAGCGCUGAUGCCUAUGGUUUUCGCACCCAUGUACACCACUUUGUAUGCGGCCACAUUGAAAGUAUUACCCGGCGCUUUCUAUUUGUUAGGUGGCGCGCUUACCGCACCCGCAGUGUUUAUUUUCCUCUGGAUGUACAACUUCCAAUGCAAACAACGGCGCAAAGCGAUUGCACAAACUGUCGAUAGUGAAACUGGCGUCACCAAAGCAGAUUGUCUGGACGCCAAAGACGCGAAUGGUAAUAUUAAUGCGAUUGAAGCGAUAGCGUUGGCGAGCGAGGCGAAGGGCCAACUAAACGGCAUCGUAACGAAUGUGAUACAUGAAAAUCUCGAACAGGCCGAGCAUGCGGCCGAAUGUGUGCAACGGGAUACUGAAGCGCGUGCAGCGGUUGUGGCGCAGGCGCAAACGAUAGCAAACGGCAUGGAGAAUAGGGCGUUCGAAGGCGAUGAAGUUGAGUUGCGCCAGCGCCAACAAACGAGAGUGUAACCAAUAGGUUUGAGCUGGUCUGCAUAUGAGAGUAUUUUUUGCAAUAAAUGUUGUAUGGCGUAGCAGGAGUAGAAAGUUAUGGGGUAUACCCAGUAUACACUGGUAAUGUGUGAUGUAUUAUUAUUAUUUUUUUUUUGAAACGUGUAAAGUUAUAAUUAUGUAAUUUUAAAUAAGUAUACAUAUAAUAAUAUUUUUUGUUAGAUUUUAAGUAAUUUAAGUUGAACACUGUGUAUUCUAAUAUUAAAAUAAAAAACACUAAGUAGUUUUUGUUUAUAAAAA